AUGCUUGACUUUGAGAGCUUGAGUUGGGGGGUCGUUGCAAAUCCCGGAACGCCUCCUAACGAGGCAUACCUCAAGAUGGUCGACUUCAAUGAGCUCCAGAAGAUCAAGAGCACCACUGGUGUGGACCGGGCCUCCAUGGUGACCAAUGUCCCCGAGAAUGUUGACCUGUCAUCGGUUCUUUCUCAGCCCAAGGGCAUCUCCAACCAAGUUUAA